ACCAUUUUAAAGAUGACGACCUCCUAUGCUGGUUUGUACCGAAGAGUGAAGGACGGAAGAACACCGGUUGGAGACCGAUUGAAACUGGUUCGUUACGCGUGGUGCUGCCAGCGUGUUUAUCUACCCAACAAACAGCAGGUUCUAAUUGAUACAGUGUGUGGACUGCUGCUCAACAAGAACAGAAAAAACCUCUCUGAUGAAGAUGUGUUGCUUGUUUGGGGAUGUCUCCUACAACUUCUUACCAGUGCGGCUUCCCAGGCUAAAUGUGACCAGAAUCUGUUGGUGAAGCCGUCAUUAUGUCAGAUUCUUAUUGACAGCCUACAGAGCUGCAUCAGCAAGGGACACAACUCUGCCUACCUCAGUCACGUGAUCAGCUGUUGUCGUGUGGUGAUUUCCUCCUCUGCGUUGUCGUAUGUGUUCAUGACAAAGUUUGACAACCUGAUUUCCCUGUUGUCAGUUUUAUGUCAACUUUGUACGAAACUAAACCUAGGCAGUGAGAGACCGGCUCUGUUCGUUCUACUUGACCAUGUGACCACAGCCUGUAUUAAGUGCUUAAAUCUUCAAGCCAACCAGAAACAAGUUUUGCAGCUAGUUGUUGAAAAGUUACUUGUUCCUGUGAUGAUGCUGCUACAUGUUGCCAUGGAGACUCCAGAAGAUAACGAUUUGUGUGCCGUAUCUCUUCGACUGACGACUGUUUUGGAACUGGCGUUAUUUCACAAAGAUCACGAGAGCUCGUUUGACAUCUACCUGAUCGUUCUGUUCGGAGCUGACGACAGCAAGUUUCAGCCACCGAAGAUGAUCGAAAAUAUAUUCCAAGUAUUUUCACAGCUGAUUGCGGGAAAGGUUCCUCUUAGAUGUCCAACUAUGUCUUCCGAAAUGUGUCAGAAUGUUGUUUGCAGUUAUCUCCCUUCAUUUUUCAAAGCCUUUGUACAACAUAACAAAAAGAAUUCUUCAUUGUGCUUCAAAAUGUUCAAGCUCAUCUGUGAUCUGAUUGGUCUGAAAUCUGUUGAUGAUGUCCCCAGCGAAGUACUUCCUGUGUCACAGGUUGUAAGGGUAGCUAACUCUUGUCUGCAGGAAGUUCUUAAAGCUGAUCUUUAUAAUGUAGCCCUUGACAAUGCAUCCGGCCGAAACCUGUUUGCAUUCUUUAAGCAUUUAGUUGGACAGAUGCUGAAAUUUCCAAGAGAUGGGUGUUGGUAUGAGUGUCUGAGCACCAUGUUAGAAUUGAAUCAUGGGAUACUGGAGACUCAGAUGACCAGAGUGUUGACCAGUGCCUGGAUAGAGACUGUGAAACAUGACUCCACUUGGACAGCUUCCAUGGAUGAUUUUCUCAGUGAUCUCGUGUCCACGUAUUCCCGCCUACAUCAGAUUCCGCGCUGGUUCGACUUCGUUCUGAGCGCCAUCAAAGACAACACCUCCACCCAUCAGUUGCUGUGUAUGCCAGCAGCGUUUUAUAAAAGACUUGGUGAUGUGAUUGAAGCUCUUCCACAAACCUCUGUGUUGGAUGUUUGGCAGAAGCUAGCCGACGAAAUAAAAAGCUGCGUGAAAUUAGUUUGUGAACAUAAAGAGAUUGACAAGUGCUGGAACAUGCUACACGUCUGUCAGAUCUACGACCAUUUCGUGUCUCAUGUCAAGGUCGCAGAUUAUUCCAUCACGGAGCUGAAUGCUGCAAAGAUUUUUGAUCUUAUGGUUUCCAUGGAAACUGACGUUUUGGUGCCUCUCUUUGGAAUGUGCACUGGCGAUGGAGAGAAUGCCGCUGUUCUGAUUGCAACUCUUAUGCUCUGCACAGCACACGGGGAGCUCAAACUGCUGCUAGCUCUGUAUUGCCGGAAACACAGAGCUAGGAUCGAAACGGUGGCCAGUGUUUCUCAUCUUUCUGAUCUGACUCUAGUGCAUUCAUAUUUAACGGUCAAAGAGUGGGGAAAUGUCUUCCGGAAGGUGCAGCAUAGCAACAAGAAAAUAGUUUUAUAUUUACUGGACCAGUUGCUGCUACAGAAAGUCAGGGCGUGUCUGGUGUUUUGUGAGGACCAGGAUGUAUGCAAGACAUCUGUUGAUAAUGUCCUUGAAAUGCUGUUGUCAUGGAUACCGGAAACAUCCUCUGCUCAGUGCUCUGAAUCGUGGAAUUUACGGAUUGAAAACGUCACGGAUGGUAACUACCACGUGGCCAAGUGGAAGCUGAUAGCGGACAAUGCGAGUGUCUUCCUGCCUGUGAUGUCCUCUAAACAUGUCACUCAUCUGGGCCAGUUUCUCUUGUCGACAUUUCAACAUCACCAACAGUCAUGUUCAACAGAGAGACAAGAAUUGAUCACUAUGAGCUCUGUAACAAGAAAACUCCUCGAAGAUCCCGUUGUCAUGGAGACGAGACUGCUGGUUUCUUCCAUGAUUACGUCGCUGUGGACAACCCUAAGGAAGUCGUUGUCUCCUAACAACAGUCCCAGAAAGAAGCGAAAACACACUGCUACAUGGACAGCCAUUUUGGAUGGAUUGGAAAAACUGGAAAAUUCAGAAGUUCUUUGGCAUUUACCAGUUGACAGUGUUUUAGUUGACCACUUGCAGUUAGUAGCAGAGAGGGUGAAUCAAGUGCUGCAGGUGGAUGACAUGGGACAGGAGACGUCUAAGACUGGCCUCAACACUGAUAUCAUUCAGAUUUUACAUCAACUACCUCUGUAUUACUUAACGCCAGGUAACCAGUUACAAUGUGUGUUUGGCCUAGUUUUCUUAACCACCCUGCUUUUCAGCCAAUCAGAAUUGAUAAAUAACGACCAAUCACAACAUUUGAUACAACUAACGUCGGUUGAGUUACUGUCUGUUCUGCUGGAGUCUUCUGUUGGUUCCUGUCCAGUGUUCCAGCUGUUGCAUCCUGGGAAAUUCUUUCAGUGGCUGCAGAAGUUGUUAUCUUUUUCCGAUUCAGAGAGAUUGGCUGCUACAAUGAGAAGACUGAUGGGGGUCACCGCUCGGUCGGUCACCGGGGAUGUUGAUGUGUUGCUGGGAAUCGGAGGAUUUAUUUCUACCUUAUCUGAAGAGCUGAUGGCUGCCUCUCGACACCUGGAUGCAGCGACCAUCACCCCUGCCACGUCGAUGGACCGAUCUCGCUUCACCGUGGCCGCCUGUUUACUGCACAGCAUCGUUAAGCAACUGAAGAAAUCUAACCAGACAUCAAGUGUUAGAUCUGCUUGUCAGAAAUAUUUCACUCAGCUUUCAUUAGUCUUCACAACUGUGCUCUCAAAGAUGAGAGUUCGGCAGGAGAAGACAACUCUGCUGACACCCUCGCAUCCCAUCAUUUAUGGCUUCUCCAGUGUUUUGUCACACAGUAGGGAUGUAAAUACUGUGGACGAGGAAAUGAUUGGAGCUGUGCAAUUUGUUUUGGACUUUGCAGUGAAUCUUGUCGAGUCGGCUAAGUUUGAAGAUUAUGAAAUGGAUGUCGUCUGUCUGAAGUUCAUCAAAACCAUCUGCCUUUGCCGUACCAGCAAUCCAGACGUUUGUGGAGAAAAAACAUUUUCCAGAGUCUGGGCUGCUCUGAUAAAGAUGAUAACAAUGUUGUCAAGAACAAAUACACAAAAAAUUACCAUGUCAUCAAAAUCAAAAGAUGUGACUAAUUUGGACAAGUGCCACAGUGGGAAUAUGACCAUAGCAGCCAUGAUGAGUUUAAAAGGGGAGACAACUGUUGAUGAGACUAAGUGUGAUGGGAAUGAUGCUGAUGUAGCAGAUUUUAAAACCCACCAAUGGAAGACUAGAUUGAAUGUGCUGCACAACACGGUCACCAUAGCGAUGUUGUCAUGUGACCUGGAUGAGUUCAAAUCUCUCUUGAUGGGACUUGUGAAUGAUAUGAGUCCAGGAAAUGUGAGUGGAAAUCCUGAAACCAUUGUGACGGCCGUCAACGUCUGGAGUAACCUGCUGUCGGGGAACCUGUCUGAAGGUCAAGGUCACGAGGUCGCCCGCGUCUCGCAGCACGUGAUCAUGAACUACCAGGAGAUACUGCGUGUCGUCGACGGCAACGUGCACGAAGAUGUCGUGCUCAGGGUAGCCGUCCCGGUCGUUACGUCGCAGUUACAGAUGAUCAACUAUGGAUUGAUCCUGAUGUCCAGCCACUUGGCUGUGAACUGUCUGCACAGUUGUCUGAUCAUGCCACUAGAGGGCGUUAGCUACGAGACGUUCGUCCCAGCAUUCCGAGCGGUGUACGGGGUGUUGAACUCGCUGAUGUUGAACCACACAGAGCACAUGUUGCAGUCCAUUCCAUCACUUGUGGUGGCCGUCACUCGUCUGAUGAAAGGGCUGGUGGCGUUCGGGGCCCAGAGUAGACUGAACACCAAUAUGGAGCACACAGACGCGAUUGUACAGUGCACCAACAUGCUGACAAAAUUACUAGAGCUGAUCAGUGGUCACAGUGUUGAGUUCGGCAAAGUGUCCGUCUACCUGCUCGCGGACUACACAAGUGAAAUACAGAAAACCACUCUACUGCCCGUUGUCAAGCGAGCAUUUUUACCCGGUAUUUAUUCCAUCCUCAACAUAUGUGACGAUCAUGGAAUCGCUCACCUACGCACGUCCCUGCCUCUCGGGGUACGAGACGUCUUCCACGUCUUGUAUACAGACUACAAAAAGUACUUUAGGUUCUCUGGAAGAAUAUGAUCACUGCCACCUACAGUUGUAUACAGAAUAUACUUCAGGUUCUGAGGAAGAAUGUGAUCACUGCCACCCAGACUGUUGUAUACAGACAACAGAAAAUACUGCAGGUUCUGAGAAAGAAUGUGAUCACUGCCACCCAGACUGUUGUAUACAGACAACAGAAAAUUCUGCAGGUUCUGAGAAAGAAUGUGAUCACUGCCACCCGGACUCUUUGUAUACAGACAACAGAAAAUACUUCAGGUUCUGAGAAAGAAUGUGAUCACUGCCACCCGGACUUGUAUACAGACAACAGAAAAUACUGCAGGUUCCGAGAAAGAAUGUGAUCACUGCCACCCGGACUGUUGUAUACAGACAACAGAAAAUACUUCAGGUUCUUGGGUGGAAUAUGAUCAAUGUGCAAAGAAAAUAAAGUGAUUUCUGCAAGAAUGCGAACAAAAUAAGCGAUUUCUGGAGGAAGAUGAUCAUUGUAUAUAUGAAAUAAAUACAUUUUCAUUCA